AACUCGACGGCGUACAGUUACCUAAUUUUUCCACCAAUUGUUUAUUUGAUAUCCAAUGGGCAUUUCCUGGUCUAUAAAAUCGGACAUGAAUGCUCACCAAAAACCUCUUCCUCUUUACAUCUCAUCUCACCUCUCAAAUUUAUAGUCUCUCUGCUUCUAUCAUCUUCUUCCUCUUCCCGUUCUUAUCUAGAUCUGAGCUUCUGAUAACUCUCUUCACAUUUCCUCUCUUUCUCAACUCUCCAAUUUCCUUGCCAAUCUUUUUCCCAAAAAUUUCUUUUUUUAAAAGUUUUUGAUGCUUAAUAUCUUGUUUUUGAUCUUUGAGACUCAUGUCUCCAGUACUCAGUGAAGUUCUUCUUUCUGGGUUUAUGAUAAACUCCAGUCUCCGGCGCAGGACCCAUCUUGUUCAGUCCUUCUCAGUCGUCUUCCUCUACUGGUUCUAUGUCUUUUCAUGAACUCUCUCUUCUCCAUCUCUAUUAACCUAAUAACUAUUAGCCUAAAAUCAUCGUAUAACAAAUAUCACAACAAAUAACAUCUGGGUCCUGUGCUUCUCCUUUUAUCCAAGCAUAAUCCAGUUCUUCAUCUCUCUGUUUAGGGUUUUUUUUUUUUUAUUAUAUAAUAACAAUAAUAUCAUAUACUAGUAGUUUUAUUGCUUCUGUUUUCUGUUGAGCUUCAUAUUCAUGGCGUGUUCCAGUACUGGAGCAAGUUCAGGUUCAAGCGCGCUUAGAAGCUCGAGCUCCGAGGAGGAUCUGCAGCAGAUCAUGGACCAGAGGAAGCGCAAAAGAAUGCAGUCGAAUCGGGAGUCGGCGCGAAGAUCCAGGAUGCGGAAGCAGAAGCACCUUGAUGAUCUGAUGGCGCAAGUGAGUCAACUCAGUAAAGAAAACAACCAGAUCCUUACCAGCAUGACAAUCACCUCGCAGCUGUACUCGACCAUCGAGGCGGAGAACUCGGUGCUCAGGGCUCAGGUAACCGAGCUGAGUCACCGUCUCCAGUCUCUCAACGAGAUCGUUGACCUUGUCAGUUCCGGCUGCAAUGGUGCUGGAUCUGCCGGAGUUGUGGGCGGCCAUGAAAUGUUUGAUCAGAUUUCCGGUGAUGAUGGAUUCAUGGCGAUGAUGAUGAAUCCAUGGGAGGAUUCCCUGUUUGUCAAUCAGCCAAUAAUGGCUGCCACGGAUUAUGUACUGAGUUAAUCUGGUUUUUCGCCAUUUCCAGCCGGAGGUUCUUGUCUAUUUUUAUAUAUAAUAGUUUAUAUAUAUAUAUAUAUAUUAUAUUUCUAGAAGAUUAAUAUUAUAGAGGUUUUUUACGGAAAAAAAUGGUGUCUAGGUUUUCUCUAUUGGGUUAUUG